AUUAUACCCUUCUUACACUUUCAUUCUCACCUUAAAUUCUUCAAAAACACCAAAGAAAAGAGAGAAGACAAAAAAAAAAAAGUAAAUUAUUUUUAUUAUAUUCUGAAGGAUUUUCCACGUUAAAAUCUUGAUAGAAAUAUGACGAGCGUACUGGGAGUAGAGUGUGACAAAAUUCGAUUGGAUUAUGAAGCGGAGACGGAGCUGAGGCUAGGGUUGCCAGGAGGCAAUGGAAAUGAUGUCGAAUCGACUAAUAAGAACAAUGGAAAGAGAGUUUUUUCAGAAACUGUUGAUUUGAAAUUAAACCUUUCGUCAAAGGAUUCUACAAUGGAUAAUCAAGUUGACAACAUGAAGGAGAAGAAUAACAAUAUUAAUGUGCCAAGCUCUAAUGAUUCUUCUAAGCCACCAGCCAAGGCACAAGUUGUGGGUUGGCCACCAGUGAGAUCAUUUAGGAAGAAUGUAUUGACUGUCCAGAAGAACAACACCGGCACCGGCGAAAGCUCCGGCACCGGCGCAGCCUUUGUGAAAGUUAGUGUUGAUGGUGCCCCAUACUUACGUAAAGUGGACUUAAAGAUGUACAAAAGCUACCAACAACUUUCUGAUGCACUUGGCAAAAUGUUCAGCUCUUUCACCAUUGGAAAUUGUGGGACUCAUGGAUUUAAGGAUUUCAUGAAUGAGAGCAAAUUGAUAGACCUCUUAAAUGGCUCAGACUAUGUACCUACCUAUGAAGACAAGGAUGGAGACUGGAUGCUUGUUGGUGAUGUACCUUGGGAGAUGUUUGUUGAUUCAUGCAAACGAUUAAGGAUAAUGAAAGGAUCAGAAGCCAUUGGACUAGCACCAAGAGCAGUGGAGAAAUGCAAGAACAGAAGCUGAACUUGAUGUUCCACUUAAUUGUUCAUUGUUUUUUUCUUUUUUCUUUUUGGGUUUCCAUGGUCAUAUUAUGUAUUGACCUUGGAAUUUCUACAUCUGUUGUAAUUUGAUGGUUUAUAUAUAUAAAAAUUAUGAAAAUGUUAUUUAUGAGAAGAA